AUGUUUACUCCUGAUGAUGUUCCAGAUCUCAGUCACCGUGUAGCAAUUGUGACUGGCGGAAACCGCUCUAUUGGUCUCGAAACGACCUAUAUGCUACUGAGAAAGAACUGCAACGUGUGGAUAGCAAGCCGCUCGCAAUCGGGAUUCGAGGAAGCGAAGCAGACACUGUCAAAGCGCAAUGAUAUCGACGACGAAAUGCUCCAACGUCUGCAUUUCCACAGUCUUGACCUCGGCGAGAUGAAGAAAGCCCAGCUUUCGGGGCAAAAUUUUGUCAAGAAUAACCCAUCCAGACUCGAUAUUGUCAUUGCCAACGCUGGGGUCUCCCUCCAACGCCCCGAUGAGCUUGGGCCAGAUGGCUACGAGCUGACGAUGCAGACAAAUCACCUGGGCCACUUUAGCUUCAUCACGAGCCUCUUGCCCCUCUUGGAGAAGACGGCUAGAGAGCAUGGGGAAGCACGCGUCGUAAUCACGUCCAGCGACGCUCACGCAUUUGCAAAGGAGGGAAUUGACUUUGACUCUUUGACAAAGAGCAAGCCACAUCUUGGUAUCCGCGGUCUGUCGGAUGCAUUCGCCCGUUAUGGAGCAUCCAAGCUUGCGAAUAUGCUCUUCGCUCGAGAGCUCGAUAAGAGAUGGGCAGCGCCACUGAGAAAGCAAGGAGUUAUGGUUUCUGCCGACUGUGUCCAUCCGGGCACAAUCCUCAAUACUGGCCUGGGUGGAACUGGGUCGGAAUGGGGAAUACCAAGCUUCAUCGGCACCAUCACUCGUGCCUCGGCCAUGUUUAUAGGAUUCUCGUCUCUUGAGGGUGCAAUGACUCAAGUGUGGGUGGCCACCACUCCUGACCUCGAGAACGAAGAUCAUGGCAAGUACUUUGUCCCUGUGACCAACUGGCGUGGUCGGUACAUGGCAUCAAAAGAGAGCCCACCCGACUCCAAAUGGGGCAGCGACGACGAACUCGCAGCCAAAUUGUGGGAGUUCAGCGAGGAUGCACUUGUCAAGGCCGGAGGACAACGUAUCUAG